GCAUUUCAUUUAGUCCAGAAAACUGAGAUGGUCCCUGGGAAGGAUGCAAGAGCAUCAGUGAGAGGCGCCUGGGACUUUCUGGAUUGCAAAGCAGUGAAGGUGCCUUGUCUCCAAAAUGAGAUCACAGAAAGAGAGAGUUGAAGAGGUCAGGAGGGAGGACUGAACUCCAGGAAGCCUCCAAAUUGGCUGUGGGCGGGCUCCGGAAGCCGAGACCCAUAUUGUGACUGUGUAAAGAAGGCAGAGACAGAAGCAGCGCAGGGCAUUUUGGGAAAAUCUUUAGCCGGCAUGGCAAGGAUGGAGAGGGAUGCUCAAGGCCAGAGAGAGAGGAGAUGGAUGUUGGGGAGCAAAGCAAAAGCCUGAAUUGUGGGUAGAGGGGGAGAAAAGAAAGAAAGGGUUGCAAGAGGAGAGAAGAGAGACAGAGCCGAGUUUGGAGGAAGUGGAGGAGAGAAAGAAAGAAAGAAAGGAGGGAUGGAAAGGAGGAGAAGAAGCAAAAAGGGAUGCUGCUGGUGCUGAAGAAGGAAGAAGAUGCUGAGCUCCGUGGAAUGGCUCAGCCCCACAAGUGGGCCAGGAUACUCUUAACUCCUUGGGGUCAAUCUCAAAUUGGCAAGAGUUGGCAGCGUGGCUCACCUGGAUGGUUCUAAUGCAAUUUACUGGUGGAACAGGUCGUGUGCGCGUGGACUGAAUAGAUAUCCCAUCCCAAGCGUCAGACCUGUUAAGGCAAACAAGUCCAACUUGUUUCUAGAGAGGAGGAGAUUAGAGGGAAGAGUCUGAGAGCACAUUCGCUUGGGCAGAUUCUGGAGAACUGGUGGAGGCUUUCAGAUGUCCUAAGUGGGAAUAAGCCAAUAAGUUAGCAUCCCAUUAAGAUGGCUGAAGCUCACCAGGCUGUGGCUUUCCAGUUCACUGUCUCUCCGGAGGGGAUUGACCUUCAACUCAGCCAUGUAGCUUUCAAGGAGAUCUAUCUUUCGGGCGUGAGAUCCUGGAAGAAGAAAUUUAACCAGCUACGAAAUGGUUUCGUGACAGGGGUCUACCCUGCCAGCCCUUCCAGUUGGCUUUUCAUGGUUACUGCCAUCCUGGUGACCCAGUACUCCCGCCUUGACCCUUCCAUGGGCAUGAUUGACAAGAUCAAGGAACACCUACCAGUCAGUGGUUAUCUGUCAGAUCAAGGCAUGAAUAUUCUCAGCGCUGCAACCUUUUCCACAGUCCUUUGGCUGGCCCUCAUCAUGACAAUGCGCAGCAUAUUGAAGAUGCUGCUGUGCUAUCAUGGCUGGAUGUAUGAGGAGCAUGGGAAGAUGUCCAACACCACAAAAAUUUGGCUGGCGCUGGUGAAGAUGUUUGCUGGACGAACCCCAAUGUUGUAUAGUUACCAGGCUUCACUGCCCCGCUUGCCUGUCCCUGCCCUCAAGGACACUAUGCAGAAGUAUUUGGAGUCCAUACGGCCGCUUACGACAGAUGCCGAAUUCCAGCGGAUGACAGCUCUUGCCCGUGACUUUGAACAGACCCUUGGACCUCGCUUGCAGUGGUACCUCAAGCUCAAGUCUUGGUGGGCAUCCAACUAUGUAAGUGACUGGUGGGAAGAAUAUGUCUACCUCCGCAGUAGAGGUCCCCUGAUGGUAAAUAGCAACUAUUAUGCCAUGGAUUUUAUUUAUGUAACCCCCACUCCGGUCCAGGCUGCUCGUGCUGGCAAUCUCGUCUAUGCUAUGAUGUUGUACAGAAGAAAACUUAUCCAGGAGGAGAUCAAGCCGAGCAUGGUCCCCAAUUCCGUCAUCCCCCUCUGUACGGCUCAGUGGCAACGUCUCUUCAAUACCACCCGGUUGCCAGGGUUGGGGCUGGAUACUAUACAGCAUCUGCAGGACAGCAGGCACAUUGCUGUAUACCAUGCUGGGCGCUUAUUUCGGGUCUCGCUGUACCACAACGGGAAGAUGCUUCGCCCACGGGAGCUUCAGGCACAGUUCCAGUCCAUCCUAGGAGAUCCCACACCUCCUUCUCCUGGGGAGGAAAAAUUGCCUGCCCUGACUGCGGCCGACAGAGACCCCUGGGCUCGGGCCCGCAAUACCUUCUUUCAAACAGGACAGAACGAGCAGUCGCUGAGCAUAGUUGAGAAAGCUGCCUUCUUUGUCACCCUGGACACCAGUGAGCAGGGGCUGAGGGACCCCAAUCCAGGCCAUUCUUUGGAUGCCUAUGCCAAGUCGCUCUUGCAUGGACGCUGCUGUGACAGGUGGUUUGACAAAUCUUUCACAUUGAUUGUUUACCGCAAUGGGAAGUCUGGGCUCAACGCUGAGCACUCGUGGGCUGAUGCACCCAUUGUGGGGCACCUUUGGGAGUAUUGCCUUGCCACAGAUGCUUUUACGCUGGGAUAUGAUGAUAAUGGGAACUGCAAGGGUGACAUGGACCCUAACAUCCCUCCACCCCAAAAGCUGCAAUGGGAGAUCCCACCAGAGUGCGAAGAAGUGAUCAUGCAGUCCUUCAGGGUGGCUUAUAACCUCGCCAGUGACAUAGACUUCCAUGCCUUUACUUUCAAGGACUUUGGCAAAGGUCUCAUAAAAAAAUGCCGCACCAGUCCAGAUGGCUUCAUCCAGCUCGCUCUCCAGCUGGCACAUUUUAAGGACAAGAAGAAGUUCUGCCUCACAUACGAGGCAUCCAUGACCCGUCUCUAUCGGGAGGGCCGCACAGAAACAGUCCGUUCCUGCACCAUUGAGUCCUGCAACUUUGUCAAAGCCAUGAUAGAUCCUACUCAAGAUGAUAGCGCCAGGUUACACCUGUUCCGUGUGGCAGCCGAGAAACAUCAGAACCUUUACCGGCAAGCUAUGACGGGUGGUGGUAUUGACAGGCACCUCUUCUGCCUCUAUGUAGUCUCCAAAUAUCUUGGCUUAGAUUCCCCCUUUUUGCGUGAGGUGCUGUCUGAGCCAUGGCGUCUAUCCACUAGUCAGACUCCUAUCCAGCAGCUGGAACUGUUUGACCUUCAGAACCAUCCAGACUACAUUUCUUGUGGUGGUGGAUUUGGGCCGGUUGAUGAUAAUGGGUAUGGCGUGUCAUACAUCAUUGUCGGUGAAGAUCUCAUCAACUUCCAUGUGUCAUGCAAAAUCUCCAGCCAAGAGACAGAUGCACACCGGUUUGGGUUGAACAUCCGGAAUGCGAUGACAGACAUUGCACUCUUGUUCAAAGUGAACAAAAAAAUUGCUGCCAGAGGUGACCAGUGACUGAAUAAAUGCCAGCAGAAUUGUACAGACAGCCACCAACAGACACACUGAGUGUGUUUUUCUGUUCUCUGAUAUGCAGGGACAUCCAGAAAUGGGUUGGGGUGGGAAUGGACAUAGUUCGGGCCUGAAGAUUCUUUCAAGCACAAUGGAUUGGCAAGAUAUUGUCCUGCUCUUGGAUUUCUUCGCUUUGGACUUUGUACUGGAGACUACUAACUCGUUAAGGAAAUUGCACCCCUCCAAACAUCUCUGUGCUAAUUUUAGGAUACUAAAGAGCACACAGUUGGAUAUGACAAGCAAAUAGACUAGGCUUCAUUGAGGGCACAUGGAUGGAUGGAGGUCUGUGAUUGAACUAGAACAAAAACACAGGUUCUUCUAGGCUCCUGUCGUUAUACUUGAAAGUGAUGUUUCCACAGCCUUCUUUCUCCCACAGCUCAGACUCUCUUUUACUUGCAUUCGGCAUUUCCACCUCAGUCCACAGCAGCUGGCUGCAUCUCCUCUUUUGCGCUUCACUUUCAACAGAUUGUGUUCCUGUUGCUGAAUUGUUACCUUAUUCCCAUGAGACAUUUCAAUGGGUCUGACUGUAGAGUGGAGUUGGUGGGGGUCCUAAUUUCUCCUUGUCCCAACAAAUGUCUGGGAUAAGAGGUAUGCAAAAUAUAAUGCAGGGAAAGCGAUCCAUAAU